CCGAACUGGGCGUCAGGUCGGGGAGCCGGUCGUGUUCCCGCUCGCUGUCGCCGCCGCCGCCCCCCACAGUGCCUCUCCCGCCUCUCCACAGCGUCGGUCGUGGGGGCUGCAUCCUCCACUCAGUUCGCUGUGGAGACUCCGGUUCGGGAUCAGCGAGGCUGCGACGCGACACACCGACACCCCCGUCACCUCCAGCCCCGGCGACCCCUCCCCGGCCGGGUCCGCCCUCGCUCUGCGCGGUGCCGGAGCCCCCUGGGCCUUGGGCGUCCCGUGAGCCCGCUCCCGCACUCCGGUCUCGGCACUCCCACAGCCACCGCCCCCCACCCGGAACAUGGACUCCGACUCCUGCGCCGCCGCCUUCCACCCCGAGGAGUACUCCCCCACUUGUAAGAGGCGCCGCACUGUGGAGGACUUCAACAAAUUCUGCACCUUCGUCCUGGCCUAUGCGGGCUAUAUCCCCUACCCGAAGGAGGAGCUCCCCCUCCGGGGCAGCCCCAGUCCUGCCAACAGCACCGCCGGGACCAUUGACAGUGACGGCUGGGACACCGGCUUCUCUGACAUCGCGCCUUCAGUGCCUGACCGGUGCUUCAGCCACCUGCAGCCUUCCCUCUUGCAGAGAGCCAAGCCCAGUAACUUCCUGCUGGACAGGAAGAAGACAGACAAGCUGAAGAAGAAGAAGAAGAGGAAGCGCAGGGACAGCGACAUGCCUGGGAAGGAGGGUCUCAGGGGGAGUCUGCUGAAACUGGAAGCCGCAGACCCGGCCGUGGAGACCCCCUCCAGCCCUGCCAUGCAGGGUAGCCCCCAGGCAUCUGCCGACCCCUGCUCAGGCUGGGACUCUGACACGCCCUCAAGUGGCUCUUGUGCCACUGUGUCACCUGAUCAGGUCACAGAAAUAAAGACUGAAGGCAAACGGACUAUCGUCCGCCAGGGGAAGCAGGUGGUGUUCCGAGACGAGGACAGCACUGGCAAUGACGAGGACAUCAUGGUCGACUCAGAUGAUGACUCCUGGGACCUUGUCACCUGCUUCUGCAUGAAGCCCUUUGCUGGCCGCCCCAUGAUUGAGUGUAACGAGUGCCACACCUGGAUUCACCUGUCUUGUGCGAAGAUCCGCAAGUCCAACGUUCCGGAAGUGUUCGUCUGCCAAAAGUGCCGGGACUCCAAGUUCGAUAUCCGCCGUUCCAACCGGUCCCGAAUGGGCUCCCGGAAGCUCUUCCUGGACUGAUCUGGAGCUGUCGAGGAGCUAGGCAGGACUGGAAGGGCCUGGGCUCUGGCCUCCCUUAGUUAAGCACAGACCUCCCAGCUCUGGUGCGGGCAGACCCUGCCACUCAGGUGCCUAAGCAAAGGGCGAGCCGUCCAGAUAGAACUGUGCAGAGCCAGGGAGCAGACAACACCGGCAGAGCUGCUGCUCUGCUGUGUUCUCUGCUAACAGUAAGGGCGCACAGGCAUUGUUAGCCAGCUGCCGCCAUUGGGAGCCGGUGCUAGCUGUCCGUCCGUCCUGUGUCCUCUGUGCUCGGGAGUGGAGGUGUUGUGUGUCCCUGGCUGUGUUAUUCUCAGUGUCACUCUGUUAUCACAAGUGUCUGUCCAGCAGCCGUCCAAGUUACCCGCCCCUUUGUGCUCUCACUUCCCUGCCUCAGUUGUACUUACUGAGCCAGGGAGCUGUUUUCUGAGAGGUCUUGUCCCCAAGAGGAGCCCUGGGUGGGGGGUGAGCAGUGGUUCUUUGGUUUUCACUGUUUAAAGGGACAGUAUGUAGCCACUUUUCCACAGAGCGGGGGUUGGGGUGCAGGUGUUCUGUGUUCAUAACUCAGUUUCUUGUUUUGCACGAUGUAAAAAAAUUUUUUUUUCCGCAAGAUACAGCCCAAAGUAUCUGUCCUCCUGGGUGCCCCAUCUCUGCUGGCGGUGGUGCUGCCCCAGGGUGCCCAGCUCCUGGGCUGUAGGAGCACGUGGCUGCCUCUUCGCUGCUCCAUUGGCGGUCCACCGAAGCCGCUGUCCUUGGGACCUGUGUGCUCUUUUUCAGAUAAUGGGUGAAAAGAAUCAGGGCAUUGUGCCUUCCCUCCAAGCUGACCUGCUGGGUUUCUGGGGCGAAGCAAGGGCUUACUUUAGUGCUGUGACAUCAGCUUGCAGAGUUUCAAAGGUGUGAACCAGAGCCCUGCUUGGGUGCAGGCUGCCUCAGCUCCUGGACACUGGUGGUCCUGGGGCUCGGGAGGGCGUGGGCUCUCAGUCUAUCGUUUCCAGUGCUUGUUCCUCAGCAGUGUUUGAUGUCCAUUUAUCACAGGUGUUCUUUGUUAGGCACGAGACAGCAGAGUGGCCAAGUUGUCGCCUUCCCCUUCCUGGAGCACUUUCACAGGGUCACCAGGCAUUCCCCACAUUAUCUUAAGCACCAAAGGAGCGCAGACUGGAGACUAAUUGGCUAAUCAGAGCCCUUUUUUUCUUCGCAUCCUUCCCACUUACCCAGUUUCUUUUUUUUUUUUUCUUUUUCUUUCUUCCUCCUGUUGUUCAUAUUAAAGUACAGAGAAGUUCUGAAGUAUGGCUGAGCUCUAUGCUUGUACAGACCUCACGGGAGAGCUCUGCUCCAGAAAAGGAGCUGUGACAGUCUUGUCCCUAGGCAAUUGUGUGGCUCUGACUGGGGCAAAUACCCAGGACAAGUUAGAGGAGUUUGCCAAAGACCUGCCCCAUGACAGUUCUUGUCCAGUGUCUUCACCCUGAGAAUAACCAAAGUUGCAGUAGUUUUUUUUAAGUGCAUUUAAGAAUAUGUGUGGUUUUGUUGUGGAGCGGUGGAGCUGGCCAUUCUUCCAUGUGCUCGGAGAUUCGAUGCCUCUGGAAUACAUCCGACAUCUCAGUUUCUGUUUGCUUGCUUUGUUUUUACCGGGUCCUUCCCUGUGGGUGGUGUAGAAGUUGGACGCCUUGCUUUGGGGGUAGGUUGAGCUGGGCAGCUGCAAUCAGCUUGUUUAUGCAAACUGGGCGUGACCCUCUGGGGGCUCCUGGUUGAUGGCUGGUGAUGGGAGGGAAAGGGGUCAUCCCCAAGUAGACCCUUCCUGUUGGCUUUGGCCAGGCCAGACACAACAUCGUUUACAUGUUCUGUGUAAUUAUAAAGUUUAUGUGUAUAAAGCAAGCUGUUUCUGUGAAACUGUAUAUUUUGUAAAUAAAGAUAUUGCUACUUUGA